AUGAACUCUUUGAGUUCUGAGAGCUUGGGAUUCAGUUUGAGGCUUGGCUUAUGCUUUUGUAUGUUUAAGACUAUGGCUUCAUGUUUGGUUCAAGGCUUAUGCAGGUUGGGUUUGAAGCAGGUUUAUGUUACAGUAGGCUUUAGGCUUGACAGGUUGAAAGGCUUGGACAGAUUUGAGGCAGGUUCAUGGCUUUUUGUUUGUUUAAGCUUAACACAGGUAAGGCUUGCUGUUUGUUUGAAGCAGUGUGGAGGCAGCUUUGAGACUUGCUUCAGUUUUUGUGUUACAAGUUUGACAGGUAAUCACCUUAUUGAGCAGGAAUUAAGAAAGUUCGGCAUUGUGCAUCAAAUUGAGAAUGUUGGUUCACACUUUAAGGAAGUUGUCAUGUUUAUGUGGCCCUUUGAACUGAACAAGCCAGCAGAUGGAUUGAAAAACCGAUUCAAGGAUGGUGGAGAUUCUGGCGACUGUGAGGAUCUCAUCAACGAACUCAUCAAUAAAAUGAAUUAA